GAGGAGUUCAUGGCCAAAGAAGACAACAACUUUCAAAUGAAAUCCGAACAACCUUAGUUGAUCAUGUCAUUAACCAUGGGCUGACAAUGCGAGAGGCUGGACAGAGAGUGCAGCCCAACUUGAGCCGUUUUACUGUCGCCUCUGUCAUCCGGACAUUUAGACUGGAGCACAGUAGAGUAAAUUGUGUAUAUUUCUUUCUUUCUUUCUUUCUUUCUUUCUUUCUAAAGGACUGAGAGACGCAACCAUGGUGGAGGAAGGGGCCAAAUGUUCACCGGGGUACAGGAAGAUGCCAUUGUAAACUUGGUUUUGGAAAAUAAUGAAAUCGGAUUACGAGAAAUUCAAAGCCACAUCAUCCAAGACAGCACCAUAUUCAACAACAUUCAACGAGUCAGUCCGGCCACAUUGGCUCGCAUUCUCAAGCGAAACAAAAUCCGAAUGAAACAACUUUAUAAGGUGCCAUUUGAGAGAAACUCUCAAAGAAACAAAGAGCGCAGACGAGCAUAUGUAGAUGGAGUACUGGAAAUGGAUGCUCAUGCAAUCCCACAUGAGUUCAUCUUUAUAGAUGAGGCUGGGUUCAACCUAGCAAAGACCAGAAGAAGGGGGAGAAAUGUCAUUGGCCACAAAGCCAUUAUAGAUGUUCCUGGCCAACGUGGUGGGAACAUUACAACGUGCGCUGCUAUCUCCAAUACACAUGGUGUCCUCCAUCGACAUGCCAACCUUGGACCAUACAACGCAGCCCAUAUUCUCACAUUUCUGGACAGACUCCACAACCUUCUCAUACCACCAGAGUAUAUGAAUGAUGCAGACCAUCAAAGAAACCGGUACGUUGUAGUAUGGGACAACGUGAGCUUUCAUCGUGCCGCCCAGUCCAAAACUGGUUUGCUGACCACCCACCAUUUCUCGUGCAAUACCUCCCACCAUACUCAUCAUUUCUAAACCCCAUAGAAGAGUUCUUUUCGGCAUGGCGGUGGAAGGUAUACGACCAGCAGCCGUUUGUGCGCAUGCCUCUUUUGCAGGCCAUGGAAGAGGCAUGUGAUGAGAUUGAUGUGGGUGUGAUUCAGGGAUGGAUAAGGCACUCAAGGCGUUUCUUCCCUCGAUGUCUGGCAAGGGAAGAUAUUGCCUGUGAUGUGGACGAGGCGUGCGGCAAGAUGCUGCCUAAUUUUUUUUUUCUUGCCUCUUUUUUUUUCUAUUUUUUUUC